UUAUUGAGGACUAUUUUCCACGUUACACCAAUCCAAGAUGGCAGCCUCCUUGGAUGAUUUGGGCUGCACUCAUUACAAAAGAAAAUGUGCUCUCUUGGCACCCUGUUGCAAUAAGGUGUACGCAUGUCGUAUCUGUCAUGAUGACAAGGAAAUUCAUGAAAUUGAUCGCAAGGCUGUGAAGCAGAUCAAGUGCCUUGGUUGUGAAACUUUGCAGGCUGUGGCGGAGGUCUGUGAGAAAUGCAGCGUCAAAUUUGGUUUCUACAGCUGUCUGGUGUGCCGUUUGUUUGACGACACAGAUCGACAGCAGUAUCACUGUGACGACUGUGGAAUAUGCAGAGUUGGUGGGCGGGAAAACUUCUUCCACUGUACAAAGUGUAAUCUCUGCCUGGGAAUCACCCUGAAGGGCUCCCACAAGUGUGUUGAGAACUCCUCUCACAGUAACUGCCCUGUUUGCCUCGAGCUGCUCCAUACGUCCAGAGACAGGCAGACGGUACUGAAAUGUGGCCAUCUUAUACACAGCUCAUGCAUGACGGAAAUGUUAAAGACGUGGAACUAUGCCUGUCCAAUCUGCUCCCAGUCAAUGGUCGAUAUGGAAGAGAUCUGGAAGUCGCUCGAUGAAGAGGUUCAGAGUACACCAAUGCCGGAGGAGUAUCAGAACUUCAACGUUCAGGUCUUGUGUAGGGAUUGCCACCAAGAAAGUCGUGUGCUGUUUCACGUGAUAGGAAUGAAGUGCAAAGAAUGUGGAUCAUAUAACACAUGCAGAACAGCGGACCCCAAUGGCCCAAAUGAGCCAGGGAAUGAAACAGGCCCCAUCCCUGCAGAUGGAGACUUGGAGGAGUUAGAAGUUUAUCACGACGUUAAUGAUGACGAUGAUGAUGAAUGGGAAUCUGUUGAUAGUGAUAGUGAUGCAUCGGAUGAGAUUGCUGCAGAUACGGGGGAGGGGAAUAGCACAGGUGUUGCAAGGAACACUGAGAACAUUGAUAAAGAUAAUAGUGAUGCGAGUAGCUCAAAGACUGGUGGUAAUACUGGGAAAGGUGACAGCUGAUUUGGACUAUCACUCAUCAAAAUUGGCAUUCAUUAUCAUUAAAAACCAUGUUCUGGUGCUGGAACUUCCCUGUCAAGCACAUGAUUACACAAGGACACUAUUAGGGUUGUGAUUGAGUUCUGGCAUAGACUGGCCUUCUGCUUUGAAACUUAGAUUAACUCGACUUGAAGAUACAUUUGUGUCUGUGUCACCUUUGGCUUGCAUAGACAAACCUGUGUGUUGGAUGAUAUGGUCAACUCUACAUUGAGGGUUUUAGUCUCAUUGAAAUAACGGGAGUCUGAGUCUUCCUGAGCCUAGGCUUUGAUGAGCAGUCUAGCAGAGCUGCUUCAUGGGUCAAGAAGGAAACAAAUAAACAAAUAUUAAGCUUAUAGAAUACAAAUGUACUGUAUAUAUUCCCCGACUAAUAAGUUUGGUUUACGUCUUGAAGUAUUAUAAUCUGGGCUCCAUGGUACAAAGAAUUCAAAAAAUGUAUCUUAAUCUUGUGACAGUUGCAAGGUUGCCAUUAGAGUGUGAUCAGGAAGGAUGUGUAUUGGUUCACUUUGUCAAAAUGUUUAUGCAUCAUCUAAUAAAAUCUUAUCAGAAGGCGUUUAUUGACAAAGGACAAAUAGUCUUGUUCGUUUUUCAGAGGGAGGAGGGGUCCAGGGGUUGACGAAUGUGUUUGUGUUUUGGCCUCAUACAAGACAGGAGACGAGGGGGCCUGCCUCAGUUAGGAGAUAGGGGGCUAUCCCUAUUGUUACACCUGCCAAAAGUUGUGAAAGGCAGGAGACUAUUUCUCCUGCUGCACCAGCCACAGAUUUGUGAAAGACGGACUUUCAUCCUUCUACACGUGCUCAGUUGUGAAAGGCAGGGGACUGUGCCUACUGCUACACCAUCCAAAAGUUGUGACAGACAUGAGACUAGUCCUCCAUCUUCACCCACCUUGCAUCAUGAAAGACGGGGCAAUAUUCAGGGUCACACCCGCCUCAGUUUUGAAAAAUAGGGGACCAUUUUCACCUACCAAACCAAAAGUUGUGACUAUUCUUCCUGCUACACCCGCCUUGGGUCAUGAAAGGCAGGAGACCAAGGGACCCGCCUCAGUUGGGAGAUACAGGGGACUAUAAUCCCAAUUGUCACACCUGCCAAAAGUUGUGAAAGGCAGGAGACUAUGCCUCCUGUUACAUCCGCCUUAGGUCAUGAAAGACAGCAGGUGGAAAGACAGGAGACUAAUCUCCGCUUCACCAGCCAAAGGUUGUGAAAGACAAGCAACCACCUCAGUUGUGAAAGACAGAGGGCCAUGUAUCUAUUGUUUCACCUACCAAACGUUGUGACUAUUCUUCCUGCUACACCAGCCACAUUAUUGCGAGUGAAAGACAGUGGAUGUUCUACGGCUAAGCCAGCCAAAAGUUGUGAAAGACAAGACACUAAUCUGGCUACAAUCGCCUUCUGUCAUGAAAGAUAGGGACGAUUUUUCUUUCUACACCAGUCGCAGUGUGUGAAAGACAGGGGACUAUCCCUGCUGUUACACCUGCCAAAAGUUGUUAAGACAGGAAACUACUGAUGCUGCUGCUCCUACUACUACACCCGCCUUUGGGUCAUGAAAAACAGGGGACUUUUCAGGGGGCCCACCUCAGUUUUGAAAGACAGGGACCCGUACCAACCAAAAGCUGCGAAAGACAGGGGGCUAUUCUUCCUAACAAACUUCCCACUGGUUGUGAAAUACAGGGGACAAUUCCUCUUGCUACACCAUUCACAGGGACUUAUCCCCCUGCUUCACCCGUCUCGGUUAUGAAAACCCCCAAGGUUAUAACAGACAUGUUACUAUCCCUAUUGUUACACUGCUCAUAGUUUGUGAAAGACAGGGUACUAUCCCUACUGCCACACUAGCCAUAGGUUGUGAAAGACAGGAGACUAUUCCUCCCCUGGACCAGACACACGUUGUGAAAGACAGGAGACUCAGAGGUGUGCAAAAGCGGAAUCUGGAGCCCCAUGCCGAAUCCAAAAUUAUUUUGGCGGAAUCUCCGAAAAGGACUAUAAUUUUCAAAACGGCAUCGGUGUCGGGCAAUUUCAAUGAUUGAUUCCGCUUUUGGAAUCCCGUAUUAAUCGCUAUCCCUCCGUUUUGCCGCCUAGUCUGGUUCCACUGACCCACGACAGAUGGCGAGCUGGCGCGGUGCCGGAGUCACCACGCCAUGUCUUCUCCGACUGGGUCUUGCGCAUCGCACAUUCUUGACACAGCGUCAAGUUGACGAUUAUUAUCAUGAUUAUUUGCCUGAAUUGAAGAACGGAAUCAUGAUAUUCUAGCUUGGUAAAUGUGGCAUCUGAUGAAAAGAUCUUUGCACAGGUAUGAGACUAUCCCUACUGCUACACCAGUCUAAAGUUUUUGUAAGACAGGCGACCUUUCGUCCUGCUACCCCCGCCUCAGGAUGUGAAAGACAGGAGGCUAUUCCUCCUGUCACAUCCACCUCGGGUAAUAGAAGAAAGGGGCUAUUUUUCCUGCUACACCAGCCAAAAGUUGUGAAAGACCGGAGAUAAUUUCUCUUGCUACACCCGCCUUUACGUAAUGAUAGACAUGGGACUCUUCCUCCGUUACACCAGCCAUAGAUUGUGAAAGGUAGGGGACUUUUCCAACUGUUACACCCGUCUCAGUUUGAAAAGAAUGGGCAUACAAGGACGUGGUGAAAUUCGUCUCAACUGUUCCAUGGUUAUAUUUAUUACAUGUACGCUCUUAUCGUGGA